GCCAACCUCUAUCGCUCUCUCUUCUCCUCUUGAACUCCCUAUCUUCUCCACGCGACAAUCAGACAAGCAUCAACACUGCUGCACGCAGCCGCUUGCUAGCCCACCACCGGCAGCUCACCGCCUGCCGCCGUAGACGGUGCUCCAGCAUCCCACUCCCAACCGCUGAUAAUCCAUUUCCCUAUCCACAUUGAGGAGUCGACCCACCAUGCCCGGCGUGGCGCCGCCUCAAACACCUCGCCGGCUGCUCGCCGCUCGCGCCUGGCCCGCCCUACGCAUUACGGUGGCAGCGGUAUCCCGAGCUCCCCGUCGACCACCACAUCGCACGCACCUCACCAGCCCGGCGCGAUGCGGCGCGCUGAGCUCCCCAUCGUCGACAUCCCCUGUGUGGCCGGAACAAAAGCAAUACUCUGACUUUUGCUCACCGGCCGGCAUGGCGGCAGCGGAAGGCCAAGGCGAGGAGCGGCCGCUGUACAAGGACCCAUCGGCGCCGGUGGAGGCGCGCGUGCGCGACCUGCUGGGCCGCAUGACGCUGCGGGAGAAGGCGGGGCAGAUGGCCCAGAUCGAGCUCUCCGUGGCGUCGCCCCGCGCCCUCGCGGAGCUCGGCGUCGGCAGCCUCCUCAACGGCGGCGGCAGGCCGCCCUGCGACGGCGCCUCCCCGUCCGACUGGGCCGGCGUGGUCGACGGCAUGCAGCGCCUCGCCCUCUCGUCCCGCCUCGCCGUCCCCAUCAUCUACGGCAUCGAUGCCGUCCACGGCAACAACAACGUCAUCGGCGCCACCAUCUUCCCCCACAACGUCGGACUCGGAGCCUCCAGGGACCCGGAGCUUGUGCGGAAGAUCGGCGAGGCGACGGCGCUCGAGGUUCGCGCCACCGGCAUGCACUGGACCUUCGCCCCCUGCGUCGCCGUUUGUAGGGAUUCGAGGUGGGGGAGAUGCUACGAGAGCUACAGCGAGGACCCAGACAUCGUGCGCUCCUUCACCACCAUCGUCGCCGGCCUGCAGGGCCAGCCACCGGCAGACCACCCUCAUGGCUACCCGUUUCUCCAUUCGGUUAGGGAGAAUGUGCUUGCGUGUGCCAAGCAUUACGUAGGGGAUGGUGGCACUCACAAGGGGAUCAAUGAAGGGAACACCAUUUGCUCUCUAGACGAUUUGGAAAGGAUCCACAUGAAACCUUACCCUGAUUGUAUAAGUCAAGGGGUGGCAACGAUCAUGGCAUCCUUUUCUCAAUGGAAUGGGGAGCCAUUACAUGCCAGCCACCAUUUGCUCACAGAUGUUUUAAAGGGCAAGUUAGGCUUCCAGGGUUUUGUGGUGUCGGACUGGGAAGGUAUUGACCAUCUUUGCGAGCCUCGAGGGUCCGAUUAUCGACAUUGCAUUGCCCAAGCAGUUAAUGCUGGAAUGGAUAUGGUUAUGAUACCUUUCAGAUUUGAGAAAUUCUUGGAAGAUCUCGUGUUCUUGGUGGAGACGGGGGAGAUACCUUUAUCACGAAUUGAUGACGCCGUUGAGAGGAUUCUAAGAGUUAAGUUUGUAUCUGGAGUUUUUGAGCAUCCAUUUUCAGAUCCAGCUCUACUUAAUGUAAUUGGUUGCAAGGAGCAUCGGCUGCUAGCACGUGAGGCUGUUCGAAAGUCUUUGGUACUUUUGAAAAAUGGCAAGAAUCGGAAGGAACCAUUCCUUCCCUUAGCCAAAAAUGCAAAAAGAAUACUCGUCGCAGGGACACAUGCUGACAAUAUUGGAUACCAGUGCGGUGGGUGGACAAUAGCUUGGCAUGGUGAUAGUGGAAAGAUUACUCCUGGUACAAGCAUAUUAGAGGCCAUACAAGAAUCUGUGGAAGUGGAAACUGAAGUUGUGUAUGAAGAAUGCCCAAUAGAUGCUACCAUUGAAGCGGGCAAAUUUUCCUAUGCAAUUGUCGUAGUUGGUGAGGUUCCCUAUGCAGAAAGCUUGGGGGAUAGAACCGACCUUAGCAUUCCAUUCAAUGGUUCCGAUCUUAUUACUCGUGUUGCCAGUAAAGUCCCUACCCUAGUGAUUGUUAUUUCUGGAAGGCCCUUAGUUAUUGAGCCGCAAGUUCUUGAGAAGGUAGAUGCUCUAGUUGCUGCUUGGCUGCCUGGAAGUGAAGGAAUGGGAGUUGCUGAUUGCCUCUUUGGAGACCAUGAUUUUGUGGGAACAUUGCCUGUAACUUGGUUUAGGUCUGAUGAUCAACUUCCUAUAAAUACUGGAGGUGCUAACUAUGGUCCAUUAUUUCCGUCUGGAUAUGGGCUGAAAUGUUCAGAAGCGACGGAGAUUUAGCAUGAUCUCAUGGAAUAUUUGGUGGUCAUACAUUUGAAAUGCCAGAAUAUUGUUACAUAUGUGUGUUGUACAGCUGAGUAUUGGGUUAUGUGCAAGAGAAAUAAAGUCAUAUUCCCGAGAUACAUGCUAUCAGGUGUUCAAGACAUAA